CGCGCUCUCCUUUUCUCUCCGGUUGCUUCGUUAUACCCGUCUCGUUUCAGAUGUUGCGGAAGGUGCAGUUACGAGGACAGGCGUUCUCGGUUCGCGCGGGAAAUCGAGCAUCUAACGCGUGUAACCCGUGUCUGCGUCUUCAAUUUUCGUGAACGAUGUCGAGCCCGAUGAGACCGCCGAGGACUCCUGUCCCCCAGGAUGACAAUCGCUCGACGAACGGUACGCCGAGGAGGCAACAGCGGACUCCAACCUCCGUCAGAGCAGCCUCGGUCGCUGGAACACCCAGCACCACAGGCUCCGCGUCUACUAGACAAGGCACGCCUCAGAGGAGACCAGGCAACAAUCCGCUGGACACUCCAUUACGAUGGGGCAGCCGUCACACGCAGGAGAUGAUCGCGCCUUCGUCGGAGAGCACAUCUUCCGUGCCUUCUCCCAAUGUACCAAUGCAAACGAGUCCCCUAGCUGCGGGCAUGAGCGAGAUAGAACUGUCAUCGCCGCUGAAUUAUGGCACCCCUAGCUCUUUGGUCUCGGUUCGUACUCCUCGUAGCGGUGUCAGGGGUACACCUGCUCGCCAGCGACCGGACGUCCAGUCCGACAGGCGAAUGCGGCAGGUUAAUUUGGCUGAACCGACAAUACCAGAGGAGCCUAACGCACAGAGAACAUCGGAGAGCGAGAACGGCCCGCAGUUGGUAAUCUGGGGUACAAACGUCGUGGUGGACCAGUGCAAGGAACAGUUCAAGCGGUUUAUCCUGCGCUUCAUCGACCCAGAGGCGGAGAACGACGAGCUGCCGGAGAAUAUGAACCUGUCGGAACCGCUCUACUUGCAGAAGCUCGAGGAGAUACACACGCUCGAGGAGCCGUUCUUGAACGUGAACUGUGCGCACCUCGAGGCGUUCGACCAUCAGCUGUACAGUCGCUUGGUCUCUUAUCCUCAGGAGGUGAUACCGGCAUUCGACAUGACCGCGAACGAGAUGUUCUUCGAGCGGUAUCCCGCGGCGGUGUUGGAGCACCAGAUCCAAGUACGUCCGUACAACGUCACCCGGACCAAGAGCAUGCGUCUUCUGAACCCGGAAGACAUUGACCAGCUGAUCACGAUCACCGGCAUGGUCAUCAGGACGUCGAACAUCAUGCCGGAGAUGCGCGAGGCAUUCUUCAAGUGCAUCGUGUGCUCGUUCACGACCACCGUGGAGAUCGACAGGGGCCACAUUGCCGAGCCUACGGUGUGCACGCACUGCAACAACAAUUACUGCUUCAACCUGAUCCACAACCGCAGCCACUUCUCCGACAAGCAGAUGAUCAAGCUGCAAGAGUCGCCCGACGACAUGCCAGCUGGCCAAACCCCUCACACGGUGGUGCUCUUCGCGCACAAUAACCUGGUGGACGCCGUCUCGCCGGGCGACAGAGUCUCCGUCACCGGUAUAUAUCGCGCGUUGCCGAUGCGCGUUAAUCCACGGCAGUCCAACGUGCGGGCUAUCUACAGGACGCACGUUGACGUCGUCCACUUCAGGAAACAAGACUCGAAGCGAUUGUACGAGCAGGAGGAGGGCAAAGAUCACGUUUUCCCACCGGAAAGAGUAGAAUUAUUGAAACUGUUGUCGCAGAAGGAAGAUGUGUACGAGCGAUUGGCACGACAUAUCGCUCCCAGCAUCUACGAAAAUGAAGACGUUAAGAAGGGAAUAUUGCUGCAACUGUUUGGCGGAGUGAAGAAAGAACAGAAAUCGAGCAAGAAACAUUUCCGGUCCGACAUCAAUAUACUCUUGUGCGGAGACCCCGGCACGAGUAAAUCGCAGUUGCUGCAGUUUGUUUUCAAUUUGGUACCACGCUCACAGUACAGCAGCGGAAAGGGUUCCAGCGCCGUCGGACUGACCGCCUUCGUAACCAAAGAUCCGGAAACUCGGCAAUUGGUACUGCAAACCGGCGCCUUGGUGCUCGCCGACAACGGUAUCUGUUGCAUCGACGAAUUCGAUAAAAUGAAUGACAGCACGCGCUCGGUGCUACACGAAGUUAUGGAGCAGCAAACACUGAGUAUCGCGAAGGCAGGCAUCAUCUGUCAAUUGAACGCGAGAACCAGCAUUCUGGCAGCAGCCAAUCCCUGCGAGUCGCAGUGGAAUAAGAACAAGACGGUAAUUGAGAACGUCAUGUUACCGCACACCUUAAUGUCGCGUUUCGACUUGAUCUUCCUAAUGCUGGAUCCUCAGGACGAGGUGUUCGACAGAAAGCUCGCUAGACACCUGGUAUCACUUUAUUACAAAUCCGAUAUGGAGGAGGAGGACGACAUCGUGGACAUGAGCGUCCUGCGCGAUUACAUCGCUUACGCCAAGGAACACGUGCAUCCUGUUCUCAAUGAGGAGAGCCAACAGAGGCUGAUCCAGGCCUACGUCGAUAUGCGCAGGGUCGGGAGCGGACACGGACAGAUCACGGCCUAUCCGAGACAAUUGGAAUCGCUGAUCCGGCUCGCCGAGGCACAUGCCAAGAUGCGAUUCAGCAGCGUAGUCGAAAUAGACGACGUGGAAGAAGCUUGGAGGUUACAUCGCGAGGCGUUGAAGCAAUCGGCCAUCGAUCCGUUGAGCGGCAAAAUCGAUAUUAGUAUUUUAACGACUGGCAUGUCGCUGGCGGCAAGGAAACGUAGGCAGGAACUGGUCGAGGCUCUGAAAAGGCUUAUCAAGGGUAAGGAUAAGGCGCCGGCCCUGAAUUACCAGAAGAUUUUCACGGAGCUGAAAGAAUCGUCGAGUGUGUUGGUAACGCGUGAAAUGUUCGAAGACGCCUUAAGGGAACUACAGGAUAACGGUGUCGUGAUUGUAACCGGCAGGAAUAGCAUUCGCGUUUGCUAGAAUUGUUCAGGUUAUACUUAAUUUUUUAUACUUUGUUACGACAUUAAUCUUCCGAGAUUUGCUGGCACAAAUAUAAUUGUGUAGCAGAAGAUUCUUUUAUUUUACCGUUUUAUUUUAAGGUUUUUAAUAAUCCACGCUAUUAUGCGGAAUCAUAAUUUAUAAGCUAGGCAUAAGGACUCCAUAAGCUAGGCAUUUUUUAAUUAUUCUCUGAUGUGUAAUUUUUGCGGACAGUAAAACAAGCAUGUAUUAAUCAAUAUGUACGAAGUCUUAAUUGAAAGCGAAAGAAACAGCGCACCAGAAAUCCGAGGAAACACCUCUGUGCAUUUCAAGAUUGUUAUUUGCGACACUUACAUCACUACGAGAUCACUUUUCAAUUGGAAACUUAUAAAUUCGUAUAAUCAA